GGUUCUCAGCUCGGCUCAAAACGGCUCGGACAGCCAGAGGAGUCUUUUACUAGUUUCUUACUCCGUCGAGUGAGGCAAAAAUCGUAGUCAAAUCUGACGAAAUACUUUUGCCUGUCCGUUUUACACAAAUGGCUAGUUUUCCUGUUAGACGUGUUAUUUGUGUCUGAUCUUUCAAACCGAUCGGUCUCGUUUUUGUUCUUCAGUGCCCAUCCGUGGUGUGGCGGUUCCUGUUUACUCUCUUUUAAUAAUAGUUCAGGAACAGAAUUUUGCUGAUUUCUUCGAAAAUGGAACUUGCCAGUGCCAAAUCGAAGCGUGUUUAUAAAGUCGUCUUGACCGGAGGCCCAUGUGGCGGGAAAACAACCGGCCAGUCGAGGCUGUGCACCUUCUUUGAAAAUCUGGGAUGGAAGGUGUUCAGGGUGCCUGAAACUGCCUCAACUUUACUCAGUGGCGGAGUGAAGUUUGCCGAUCUGUCGCCUGAAGAUGCUAUCAUGUUUCAAGAAAAUUUGCUGAAAACGAUGAUUCAAAUGGAAAACACGUUCUUUGCGUUGGCUGAACGAUUCAACCGUGAUUGCAUCAUCAUUUGCGACCGAGGAACCAUGGACGCAUCCGCCUUUGUCUCAAAAGAAGUUUGGGAGCAACUGAUGAAGACAAACGGGUGGAAUCCGGUCGAACUGAGGGACACGAGAUACAAUCAAAUCAUCCACAUGGUGUCAGCAGCUAAAGGCGCUGAGGACUUCUACACCACCGAGGAUCAUUCUUGUCGAAGUGAAAAUCUUGAUUUAGCCCACACCUUGGACGAUCGUGCGGCUGAAGCCUGGAUUGGUCAUCCUUACUUUGAUGUUAUAGACAAUUCGACUAAUUUUGACACCAAACUUCGUCGAAUGAUAAGCGCUGUUUGUCAGCGGAUGGGCCUGGAUACUGGUGAUCGGCUGGAAACCAACGCAAGGAAGUUAAAGUUUCUGGUUCGUUCGCUACCUGAUGAUAGUAAGUUUCCUCCCUUUGAAGACUUUGAUGUCAUUCAUGACUACUUGCAAACAAAUUCAAAGAAAACCCAAGCCCGAUUAAGAAAGAGAGGUCAAAAAGAUCGUUGGAGCUAUACUUUAACAGUACGUCGACCCGAAGUACGCGGUCAAGUGGUAGAAAUCAAGACGCAAAUCACAAGCAGAGACUACUCUAACAUGCUAGAGCAACGCGAUCCAUUUCACCUUACCAUUUUAAAGAAAAGACGCUGCUUUCUCUACCACAACCAAUAUUUUCAACUGGAUAUUUACAAAGAGCCUUGCCAUCCAAGAUGCCAUGGCUUAGUGUUGUUGGAAACAUAUACGACACAGUCGUUGGAGGAAUUCCAAGCUCAUAAGUUGCCCGAUUUCCUCGACAUCGUCGGUAAUGUGACGGGUGACCCAACCCACUCUAUGUACAACCUUUCUCUUAAAGAGGAAUGGUUGAAUAAUAAAAAGUUCUGCUUCAAACUAGCAGCCGAUGAUGAGGAUGACCUGACUGGAAGCCCUCGAACCAAUGGCUGGGCGGGGCCACACGUAAAUGGAGUUUAAAAUUAAAUUUUCAGCACGUACGGUUUAUAGGGCUCAACAAGCAACCUACUAUUCAUCUGAUUGCUACAUGAGUCUCAGUUCUUAUUCAAAUUGUUCAACUCAAUAUAUCGACUCCCUCACGUUAUACGACAAAGAAGAAGAUAAGGAAACGGAAUAGUAAUGGGUAGCCUACACUUGACUCUCAUGAUAACUAGGUUUCUUACUGCUGCUUUGUAACUAGAAAGUUGCAAUACGCUCGUUUUACAAUUACUAGCUAGUCUACUAAACGAUUGUCACCGACAAAUUGUAGCACCUGGCCGUCAAUACUGAGCGACCAUGUUACAUUUUCUUCAUUUAUCCUUUACAAGUGCAUUAUAUCCCAUGUAGUAUUAAUAUCAUUAACCCUCAUUUUCUUAGACAAAUACAAACACUGUAUUUUUGCAGUAGUAAAACUGAA